UUCAGUGUGGUUAUGAUCGUCGACGUGGACGGACUGUUGCUUCCAGCUCCUCUCAUUCCCCUCGUGUUCGCCGCGCCUGGGUUCCCUCAGUCUCUCACUGUGCGGUCUCUCCUCCCCUCAUUCUCUCCGCUGGAGAGAAGCGUCCCCACCAGAGAGGGAAGGACUCACUGCAUUUAAUGGGUGUUGUGUAGGCCUGUAUAGCGAAAGGCAGCAAGAAGAGGCCUGGGAGACCUACACAUUAAUCUUCCUGUCACGCUGAGAAAAUCAUCUCUCCACACACGGAUGAUCCAGCCCUAACGUGUGCCUACCCAGCAUACUGGAACAGUUGAUGUAUGCUUGUGGACUUCCAGUGCCCUGUUGACUAGUUUAAGAUAUGGAAUGAUACCGUACAUUGGGCACUGCAUCCCUUUGAGCGCGGUACGAUACGGUACGGUACUCUGUGGGAGCAAUAAGAGGUGAUCCCUCUAUCUGCUGUGAACAGAGGUACGCUGUGGGAGCAAUAACAGGUGAUCCCUCGAUCUGCUGUAAACAGAAAUUUUGCUCUGCUUAAGGAAGCAGGUGACAGCACCAGCAUCCAGCGUUAGUGUACUCGCUAGGAAGAACUGUAUAUUGUAUUAAUACAUCACUAAACUGGUUUAGUUUAUUCAUCGCGAGAGUGGUGGAGGCUCUGUCCUCCGUUUGAUAAUUGCAGCCAAGUGGCUGAUCAGUCAGGCUAUUGGUAAUACUUGCUGGAGGGAAAGGAGCAGUCAGAGAUUUUGAGGAGGUGCCCGAGGACCAGCUGGUCUCAGGUGUGCACGCGCGUGUGCUCCGAGUGCGUGCGUGUAUCAGCGAUGAGCAGGCGGGGGCGGUGACCCCACCCACUUAUAACACCUAUCGCCGAGGAAAGGAAAGAUGGUGGGCGUGGUGUGGGCGGCGGCUCCAGCGACAACGGCUGCGGUGAUGUGUAUGGUGCUGGUAGUGGGUUGUGGGCGUCCAGCGUGGGCUUCAGGAGGAGACAUCUUUUACUUCAGCUCGUGGCCAGCCAGUGGACGUGUGGGAGCAGGAGAGGAGAGGGUGCUGAGGUGUGCUGUCUCUGACACCUCCAGCAUCACCCUCACCUGGCACUUGGAUGGCCGGCCGCUCACCUACACCUCCAGGACUCACCUCAGAGGAGGAGAGGUGGUGGAGACAGCCUCAGACUUGGUGAUCACCAGAGCUGUACCUGAGGAUGCUGGAGAGUACACCUGUAUAGCUCACAACACUACCUCAGGCUUUGCCCUCACCUCACUGCCAGCCACACUCACUGUCUUGUGGGUGGGAGAGGAGACACGGGUAGUGUUGGCUGAGCCCAAGGACCUGUCCUCAGUACGGCCAGGCAGCUCCAUCAAGCUACGCUGUAGGGUUGACGGUGGACCUGAGCUCUACUACAGCUGGAGAAGGAACGGAGUACUGGCGUCAGCGGUGCCGGGACUAGCGGUAUCAAGGCGUCGGCUCACCGUCAGCGCCUUCGACGCCGCCACGCACAACGGCGUGUACACUUGCGCUGCCACCAUCCACAAGCACAGCGCCGCCCUACAGGAGUCUGUGAGACCCAUCUACCUCACCACCACCACCACACACCAUCCUUUCGUCCUUGCCAUACCAGACGCUGGAGUGCCAAGUGUGGAGGUGGUGCCGGAGUCGCUGGUGGUGGGUCCUGGAAGACAAGCGUCCCUCCACUGCCGCUACGAGGAGUCCACAGUCAUCCGCUGGUAUCUCCGUGAUGCCGGUCCCCUCACAAAUAAUACCAGGCGCCAGGUACUGAAGAAUGGGACGUUAGUAAUAACAGCUGCCAACUUGGGUGACGAGGGCGUGUACAGGUGUGUGGGUGUGCAUCCUCACCGCGCCCACCACGCAUCCUACGCCGCUUCCAUCAUCCUGGCCUAUCUGGACGGACAGAUGCGGCCCACGCUGGAGCCUGGAGCGUCUAUCCUCAACACCCACGUUGUGGGCGCGGGUGGGAUGUUGCAGGUCACCUGUUUGCCUCCCGCUGGCCUUCCCCGCCCGCAGGUAUCCUGGGUGUGGUCCCACUUACAGCCACCCCAGCAGGAAGGCUCCGUCAGGGUGGAAGGCACAGCCUUGGUGGUGGAGGAUGCAACCUUCCAGCACGUUGGAACCUUCACUUGCGUCGCCUCUAACCUGGCCGGCAACACCUCAGUCUCACUCCAGCUGGUGGUAACCCGUAAGCCUGUGGCUCAGUUGGUGACGGGAAGUGUGUCUGUGCUGGAAGAGGAGACGGCCCGUCUAGAGUGUCGUGUGGACGCUACACCAAGACCAUAUACCAACGUCAGCUGGACCCACAACAACCGCCCGGUAAGCGUGGAUGAUUAUCGUGUGAUGGUGACAGGUAUGGGUGAGGAGGUGACAGAAGGUGUGUCGGUGUUGAGGAUCCGCUGGGCUCGCAUGCAGGACCGAGGUCUCUACUCCUGUGUGGUCGUCACUGCUGGUCACCCGCCACUCAUCACCCCGCCUCUCAAACUCACAGUCACAGAAAGGCUCAAAUUCUCUCCACUGCCCCAUGAUGUGCGGGUGGAGGUGGGUGCCAACAUUACCAUACCCUGCGAGGCACGGGGGGCAGAGAUGCCAGUCAUCACGUGGCACCGACUCUCCUCCAACCAGAUAGUGGAGGUGGGGAGAGAGAGCAUAGUGGAUGGUCGCCUGGAGGUGUUGGGGGCAGAGUUGCGAGACAGUGGACAGUAUGUAUGCAUCGCAACCUCUCCUCAGGGCUCCAUCAACACCACCAUCACUCUUGCUGUUAUUGAGAGCCCUGUACUGGAGUGGGUGACCCAGGGACCAGUGCAGGUGGACAAGGGAGGCACUCUGGUCCUGGAGUGUCUUGCUCGUGGCAGCCCAAAACCCUCAAUACACUGGGACUACAACCAUACUACAAAUGCCUUUGAUCCUGAAAGAGUUGAGGUGCAUGGAAAUGGGACGUUGCAGGUGACAGGGGUACGACGCGAGGAUGGGGGGCUGUAUGGGUGCACAGCUGGCAACAUGGGCGGACUAGUAAGGGCAGAGAUCUCUGUCACCGUCACAGGGGAAAGUGCGCAGCUAUUGGGUCGGACUGUGGGUGUGGCUGUAGGUGGAGCAGCAGCUUACAUGGCCUUGGUAGGUGCCAUGCUCAUCUACUGCAGGCAGCGACGACAAAAAUUAAAGCACUCGCCUCAACACACUCGAGGUGAUGGAGUUGAUGAAGCUCAAAACCCUGAGGAGCAAGAGAGGUUGGUGUACUCCACCAUACCAGGCUUGGGAGAGCCAGAGACUCGAGACAUGGGCACAGGCACCACUAUGGCUGGCAAUAAACUGGAUAACUCCUGCCAGGUGCAACUCUCACAGGUGUCCACUCACACACUGGGUACUUCCACUCAUCUGGGGCUAUCACAGGCAUCAACCAGAACCUUAGGAGGAUCUUCAGUUUCCACUCAGCAUUCGUCACCGUUACAACCCAAUUCCUCACCCUCGACACAGAGUGCAGCUCAUGCUGGCCCAAGUGAAAAUCUGUAUACAAAACAAGAUUCUAAUCAUACAGUGAAUCAACUAGGUCAAGAGACACCUACCAUACAGAGGGAAAAUCUUCAAGUGCUUCUCACACUAGGACGUGGUGAGUUCGGUGAUGUUCAGCUGGCAAGAUUAAGAAACUCGACAGAGGAGUCUGAUGGAGAGGAUGUGCCCCCUGAUCCAGAAAAACUUGUCAUGGUCAAGGUGGUGAACACCAGGGAUGAGACAUUACUAGCAGAGGUGUGUAGAGAAGCAGCUAUGUUUGGUGGUCCUGCACAUCCCAACGUGGUCACCACCCUGGCCCUGUGCACCUCUCGUACUCCUCACCUUCUUAUCACCCAGUACACUGACUGGGGUGAUAUGAAGCAGUUUUUGCUGGCAACAAGAAAAGAGUCACCCCGACCCCUUGGUAGCCUCCGGCCACCGCCUCUCACACAGACCCAGUGCCUCAGUCUUUCACUACAGGUAGCCGAAGGAUUGGAAUACCUGAGUGGUCGGCGUCACACUCAUAAGGACGUCGCCGCUCGUAACUGUCUCAUUACCUCAGCUCUACAGGUCAAACUAGCUUCCCCAGCACUCACCCAUGAUGCUUACUCUGCUGAGUACUGUACAUACAGAAAUCAGGUGUUGCCAGUGAGAUGGUUAGCACCAGAGGCUUUAUUGGAGGAUGAGUACAGUAUGAAGAGCUCUGUGUUCUCAUGGGGUUGGCUGGUGUGGGAAGUGCUCACCCAGGCAGCCAUACCCCAUUCAGAACUCUCUGAUCAUCAGGUAAUAGCUAAUGCAGAGUGUGGAGAGUUGAAGUGCACAGCUCCACCUCGGACUCCAGUUGACCUGGAAAAUCUACUAGCUGGGUGUUGGCAGAUGUCUCCUAAAGUUCGUCCCUCCAUACACACUGUGGUUGACACUCUCAAGGCCUUGGUAUGAUAACCUGUUAUGCUGUGAUCUAAACUAUGGAGGUCAACCCUGUAACUGUCCACAUUCGAUUUUACAUGCUGUCUUAUGUAAAAAAAAAAAAGUAGAUCUACGUUCGGAGCGCUACACGAGUGAACGUAGAUCUGUGUUUUUUUUUUACAUAAGAAAGCAUUUAAAAUCGAACGUAGAGCUACAUUCGGAGCAUUACGCGAGUGAAUGUAGAUCUACGUUUGGACAGUUUAAGGGUUAAACACUGCAAGAGGUGUAUUACCAGUUAUGAAAAAUAGUAUGGUGAUACUGACAAGAUGUGGGAAAGAAACUUAUCUACAGUCCAGGAUAUUUAUUUGAGGAAAAUUUUGCUACAAGUUUCUUUUUUCAGUCUUGAAGAAGCCACUCAUGGUGAAAUUUUCUCCAAUAAAUGUCCUGAACUGUACAUAUGUGUCUUUUUCCACAUUACCUGUUAUCUUUAACACAUUGUACACCAUUGUGAUGUAGUAUUAAACCACUCAAUCUGAAAAUCUGUCUUAAGCACUGUUUGAAGCAUUUUAUUAUGUAGUAAAACCCUGGAAGAAUGGCCUAAAUGAGACAAGCUUUGUUAAAAUGGUAAAACUCAAAAUUUAAGAUACCUGAUUUUUCUACUAAAUGCCACGCUCGCACCAGAAAUGAUUCUUGGUUAUAUUUACGUGUUACUGCUGUAUGUUGCAAGUACUGUAUAAUAAUAAAUGUUAACCACUA